AUGAUAGCGGUGUUGGGCGCUGCUUGUCAAUCUGUGACUCGUGCGACUGCGCAGAGCGGGAGGAACUGGAAUCUACUCCAGGUAAACAUAAUUGUCAUAUACCGUUGAACACUUCAUGGAAAGUGCGCACGCUCCGUCGUAUCUACCUGUUGACGUCUCAUAAAUCCAAAAAGACCGUUUUGAAUAUAUGCCAUUUGCAUGAUGGCGUCAUUUUACUACUACGACCAGAAUCCUCCUGGUUUUGCUUUCUUGUACAAAUGAGCGCUUUUGUAAUUUACACCUUGCUGUGAUUACCAAAAUUAAACAUGAAAGGAAAAAUGAUAAGGAUUCUGGUCAUAGUGGUAAAAUGACGUCAUCGUGCAACUGGCCUGUUGAAGUCAGAAUAGCUCAUAUUAAAGGUACAACUCAAACGUACUUGAUAUUUUUCUUUCUUUCGCUAUUUUGCAAGCUCUCGAUAAUUUUUUUUUCAGUGACAAUGAAAAUACGAAGCUAUUCUAUUCCAAUUUCCGGACUGUUUUCGCUUUUCCACCAGAAAAACUCUUCUUUAUGAACUCAACAAAUUUCUUUGUUAAAUGACUGCAAACAACUCCGCUACUAGCGAAGCGAGGGCACUGCAAGCACUUUGAAAAAAGGCGGGAAACUUGGUGAGAAACUCACGAACCGCUGUGGCUUUUGAUUGGACUAUCAUUUUAAUUUCCCGCAUGUGAAAAAACAGGGGCACCCAACGAGGAUAUAGUUCAAAACCACUUAACAUAUCAUUGUUGAACGUAUUUUAGUAUUUAAACGUCAUAUAUAGGCACAUUUUUAUCCCCUAAAAACUUUUCAUCUGUUCGGAUUUCCUAGCUGAAAGUCUAGUGAUCCGAAAAUUAUAGGGAUCAAAACUUACCUUCUCGAAAAUUUCAGCCAGGAAAAGGCUCCCGAAAAUUCUAGGUGGCCUUUUUUAGGGUAAAUAUCCGUUUAAAAUGGGUAAUUAUACCUUUUUGUAGAUGCUCGAAAAUCCUAGGAGAGGCAGGCAAGCAAUAAAUUUUACAACAAAUGUUCCGAAAAUUCUAGUUCUCAAAUCGUCUUCCGAACAGAUAUUUUCUCGAAAAUUGCCGUUGGGUGCCCCUGAAAAAACAUUGUUCGCGAUUCUGAUUGGACAUCAGUAUCAUUUUUUUUACGUGUGAGAAACAUCAUUCGCUCCUUUGAUUGGUUACCACUCAUUUGCGUAUGUAAAAUUUACAACGUAGCUUUUCACUGAGUAUAUCUCAGUAUGUAUAUAAGAAAUUUAGGUGCUUCUCGACAAGUUGUGACAAAAAGUAAGACUCUAUUAGAUGAAAGAAAAAAGAGAACUUUUUGUAGGUUGGCAUCCAUUUCCCUCUCAACUCCUAGCGAAUAUCUUGGGGAACACUCUGCGAGUUAAAUGCUUUGGAGACGUCAUAUACUAUCCGAAAGCUUCUUCUGAACCGACAUUAUCACGAUCUGAUAUCUCAAGUCUCGAAUGUUUUUUGUUUCCAUCAGGUUUCUUACUCUCCCAUGGCUUCGGAUUUGUCUAACAAAGACAAGUUUCCAUUGCUGUACAGCACUGUUCCACCUUACUCUGCCGAGAACGCUGCCAGAUUGGCUUUCCUGAGAUACUUUCGCUGGAAAAGAAUUGCCACCAUACGACAAAAUGAAUACGUUUUUAAUGAGGUACUGAACGGUUUUUGCCCAGUCAAAUGCCUGACGUUUCGCUCGAGCUCUUCACAGAAGAGCCAUCUCAGUUUCGCGCGUUGGACCAAGGCGCCUAUAAUGAAGUAUAAACAAACCUGAUACAUUUUUGUAAAAGUUUUGUUACAUAUGAAAAUCUAUUUAGCUUACAAGAGACUGAAUGUAUUUUGGCAGGUUAUGCAUAUGUUCCAAGAAAAUCUUUUAAACGAUGGCUUUGAUUUGAUAGCGGCAGAGAUAUUCAGUGAUGAUCCAAAGUCUAGUAUUGAAUCUCUAAAGGUAAGUCUGAACAAAGACCUGCACAUUUUAAAAGCUUCGUUCUAAAUUUUACUGUGAUCCGUAAAACGUUUUCUUGUGGAAUCCGAAAUCCGGGAAAGUUUUGCUUGAGGAUUCCGGAAUCCUAGUUUGGAGAACUCAUAAGUUAGCCUAAGGAAACCAGAAUUUCGCUAACGAUUGGACUCCAAGUUCCACUGGUAAGGAAUCCAGAAUCCACUGCGUGGAGUCCAGAAUCCAGGACUGUUUUGGAUUCACUUACGUGGAGCGAGAUGAGCGAAUCUUGAGUCAUUAUAUCUCAAUGUUUGAAGCACUUGUGAUUUUAAAGCUAUUAAAAGUAACCUUUUUCUCUUGAACAGACAAGUGAUGCCCGCAUCAUCGUAGGAAUGUUUGAUGAGGAAAAUGCGAGAAAAGUCCUCUGUGAGGUAAAUAAUUUUUGUUCUUUUGUAGUCGAGUAUCUCAGCUGUGAAUUACUUAGCUCUAACCUGUUACUACGACUCAGCAAAGGUGACAGAUUUUUCAUAAUUAUUUCAGAACUGACAUUUUGAACUUAGCCUGUUCUAGGCUUUCAGAUUGUAGGGGUGACGAGUAAAUGAAACGCGCGAAAAUACGAGUGGGACCCGACUAUCUCGGAGCCUGAAACAGGCUAUUUAGAACUCAAAGUCAAUGGAUUAUUUGAAGCCAUAUCUUCCUGAGAGAAAAGUUGCUUUUUAAGGUCCUUUCAAAUUUUAUUCAGAAAAAAUCUUAUAAUAUAUACAUCUCUUGUUAAGUGUAAUCGCUCCCAGUUGGCACGAGAACCAUUUUCACAUAGUCAUUACUUGAAAGUUUGAAACUGAGUCUCCUGUUCAAUCAUUGAACGGUGUGCAGUUUAUCUUGUAAACUUAUUUGACAAAAUGGUAACUCAACGAUGUAUUUAUUUUGUCAUCAUAGGCGUUCAAACAAGACAUAUAUGGAGAGAACUACGUGUGGCUUUUACUAGACUGGUACGACAAUAAACGGUGGUGGAAGGUCAAAGAUAAUGAGGUCAGAUGCACGGUAGAGCAAAUGACAAAAGCAGUUGAGGGAUACUUCUCUAUUGAGAGCGCCAGAAUUGUGUCAAAUAAGGAAGCAACCGUAGCAAAAAUUGUAAGUCAACAUGUCAAUUUAUGAACGUCUACUGCACAAGUAGAGUCAAGUUUAAGGGUAUAUAGAUAGUUAAAUAAACAGAUAGAUUAUAGACAGACAGACAGACAGACAGACAAACAAACAUAUAGGAAGGUAGACAGAGAGACAGAGAGACAGGCAGACAGAUAGACAGACGGGCAGAUAGACAGCUGAGGUAGAUACUCCGUUGAAGGGCAAAUGCAAGCUCCUAGAAACUGAACUAACUCAGGGGAAAGUAAUUAAAGAAAAAUGAUUACUAAAUAGAAAAAAUGAAUGAAUUAAUAAAUGAGUAAAUAACUUUUUAGAGGUGGCACAUCCAUUUGGUAAUUCUUCAUUUAUCUGUUUCUUGAACGAAUUGGAAUUUGGGAUUGUUGGUUUUUGAGGGGAGGGGACAACCGGAGUACCCAGAGAAAAACCUCCCAAGGCAAUGGAGAGAACCAUUGACAAACUACUCGAUCCACAUAUGCUGUCGACGCCGGGAUCUGAACCUGGCCAUAUUGGUGGGAGGCCACUGCUCUCACCAUUGCGCCACCCAAUAAGGCAUGCUCCUUAAACUUAAGUAAAAAUCUGCAUGUUAGGCCGAAAAAAUGCGCCUCGACGCAAAAACAUUAUCACUAUUGGUGGCAUAUCUUAAUGGUGUUGCCAGAUGUCAAAUUUCUACUUUUUAUUUUGUCUAGACCUCUGAACAGUUUCUUCAGACCUACGGAGCGGCAAAUAAAAACAGGACGAACCUUUACGCACCGUUUGCAUUCGACUCCAUGUGGUUAAUUGCUUUGACGCUGAAUAAUUCAUUGCACGAAAUCUACACUAAACUGAACAGAUCUUUAGAGAACUUUAACUACAAAGAUAGUGCCAUGGUGGAAGUCCUUAAAAAUACGCUAAGGAAAUUGGAGUUCCGAGGAGUAACGGUAGGAAUGUACAUUUCUAUUGAUCGAAUUAAAAUACUGAUACCAAUAUCAUGGUGGCCAUUUUAGCAUAAAUGACCAAUCAAAUCGAAUAGUGUGAUACUUCAUAGACUAAUCAGGACCUGAGGCUAUCAAAUCUCCACCAGAGAGGCUGAAAAGCAGAAUUGACUUCCCGAGUAGCGUGAGGGCUAAGUAUUUGUCUGUUAAAAUGGGGAAAUGAAAUGCCAGCUACUCUUCGCCCCAGCACCCAUUGAAGAAAUGGGGAGGGGGGAGGGGGGUGGGGGCGAUGGGUAGGGCGAAGGGAUGGCUGACAUUUUACAUUAUUGGAAACGGCUAAAUAUGAAAUAAUGAUUGUCAACGUUCACGUCACAAAUUCAAUACUAUUAUCUUCAAUGAAAAUAAAAUCACUGUUUCCUCUUUUUAGGGAAAUGUCAAAUUUACGAAUACAGGUGAAAGAACACGUUCUACUUGCAUCAAACAACUACAGGGUAAGUUUGUAAGACACUAUAAAGACGAUCACUGUCAUAAUGGAGUAGGGGAAUUACACCCUGUAUGAACUACGGGGUUUUUGCUACUUCGGCCAUGUGGCUUACUAAGUAAAAGUGAUAUAGGCAUUUGUCCCAGUUCCAGCCUGCUAAUGCUGGGUUUUAAUUUUUUACUAUGGCUCAAUAGGAAGUAGUCUGCUACACAGCCGUUUUUAGUGUCGUCACGCAACGCUCCUCUCCACUGGGGAGGAGCGUUGCGUGACGACACUAAAAACGGCUGUGUAGCAGGCUGAAUAGGAAGACGAUGGUUUAUGAUUUUUGGUGAUUUUGAUUCUCAUUUUUUGUGGCAGAGAGAAACGCAUACUAAACGGAAACCUCGAAGUACAUAAUACCUCCACCGGGCCCUUCACUAUGUUUCAUGUUCUGUUUGUUGAUCUUGUGUUCGUUUUUUCCAGGCGGCGUUUCCAAGGUAGUAGCCAUGUUUUAUCCCGAGACAAACAAGACUGUCUUUUCUGGUACUAAAGUAGUGUGGCAAGGUAUUUUAUGUUUAAUUUUUAUUGCGGUAUAAUAAAAUUUUAUCCACUUUUGUUACCUGUGUCAGGUUAACACAUUAUAAUCGCACGCAUUUUUACAGCAAUAUAUUACGACACCUUAGUUCAUCUGCUGUAAGUCGUUACGACUCAGUUUUGUGUAUUUUUUCAGUUCUUAUCUUCAUCUGACCUUCACCUAGUCAAGACCAAAAUAAUUAACCAUAUGCAAAUUCCAAAUUCAAGUCUUUCUCUUUCUCAGUAUAGAAAGCAAUUUGAUUUCAUGCAGAAACUAUAAAUCAGCCUUGCUUUUCCUAGACAACAGUAAUUUGAAGAAUUUGGAGAGUUCGUUCAGUUAUUAUAUUCAAUUUGUUUUUUGUUUUGUUUUGCGAAGGUAUCGACCCUCCUUUAGAUGGUAAGGUCACCAUAUAUGAGGUGCAGUACAUUUCCACGCCUCUGUUUUGUGUGAUUAUCAUCUUUACCAGUGCAGGCAUCUUGCUUGGAUUAUCUUUUCUGUGGUUCAACAUCCAAAAGCGAAAUUACAGGUGUGUAUGCUGGCAUCGUUGUUUUUCUGUUGUUGCUAGCCCUUACCCAAAGUUAAGUUUCUUGACAAGAUGUACUCGAGUGAAAAUCAGUUUCUUCCUAAAGUGUUUUUGGAUUUUAAAGGGCCGUUAAGUAUACUGGUGUGUCAAAAGCCUGCGUAGCCUGCGAGAGGCACGAGCGAAGUGUUGGCAAAGGAGCUGUGAAGCCGUGCGGAUCGCUUCUGAUCUCGCAGCGAAACGGCGAGAACUACAGCCUCUCCGCCAAAAAUCUCACAGGCGCAAAAGCAGUUCCCCCAGCCACGCACUGGGCUAGUGAGUCAACGAUGACAGUCAGGGUUACAUAAGCAAAUAUCGACCAUUUUUGUUCAAAUAUAAAGAACUGCAGCCUCUUCUUCUUUUGUUUACAUAUUUUAAUGCGACAAUUCCACCGUUCAUUUUGUAGCAUUUAGCUGUUUUGUGUUUAUUUUUUCAGCUAUAUUAAGUCAUCAAGUCCAAGCGUAAACAAUCUUGUAGUCCUCGGAUGUUUGUUUAUCUAUAUAUCUGUGUACAUGAUCGCUAUAGACGGGAUGAGAGCUGAUACAGAUGACCUUCUGGGAUUAUGCAUUGUAAGGUUACCUCUUUGUUUCUGUUACUGAACAUACAGUUGACAGCCCCGCGUGCUUUGAAGGUCCCUAAUAGGGUUCUUCAGCCCCGUAAUCCCGACCCAAAAUUUCUGCUCAAUACCGUAAUCUCAACUCAAAUUUCCGCUCAAUCCCGUAAUUCCGAUUCAAAUUUCCGGUCAAUCCCGUAAUCCCGCUGGUUAUUUUCGGCAUCCCGCAUCCCGCGCAUACUUUCAAUCCCGAAUCUCGUCCCCGUUUUGCUUUAAAAUCCCAAAUCCCAACCUCCAAAGACGCAAAUCCCGGAUCCCGAAAACCUACUGGAAACCCUCUGCUUUCCUUAUGCAGGCUGAGUCACGCCUGUCCUUUGGGGUAGGGGGUGGGGGGAGAGUGUGCAUUAGUCUCUGGCAGUGCAAUUGCUCCGCACUGUGUCACGACUGGUAGCCGGCACUCUAGCCUGCGUACCUGGUGGCUCUGGGACCGGGGGAAGCAAUGAGAAACUAGCGGUUUUGAAUUCUUUCGCGGCUUCGGCGCUCUUUUACGCGUGCUCUCGCCAACAAACUUGCCACUUGGGCUUCAUGAAAGGUUCACUUUAAAAUUUAACAAGCAUUAGAGCCAAAAAGAGUAGUACUAACACUUGCUGUUAGCGGAAAACGCUUUAUGCAUAAAUGAAUACUUUGCUUGUUAAAAAAGGAUUAAAAGCCUUAAAAAUGCUCCAACAAAGUGUGUUUUUGGUUUUAAGGUUCGAGGCUAUCUCCUGUCCAUUGGGUACAGUCUGGCUGUUGGUGGGAUGUUUUCAAAAACAUGGAGAGUGUACCAGAUCUUCAGUAACAUUAAACCCAGACGAAAGGUACAUGAAAUAAUAUUAUCCUAACUUAAGUCCCUCAAUCUCUAGUCUUCAGCGAUGAAGUCGCUCUCUAUAGGAGAGGUUAUAAGUAUUUUUCUAGAGCUUCAAUGUUCCUCACAGGGUCUACUGAUAUAAAAACUGUUCGAGUGGCCAUGCAAUGGAAUAGCGUCAACUCCCGUUCAUAAGCUCCCCCAUGUUAGCUCCGCCCUCUAGUUAUAAGACCAUCGACCUGUCAACGACAAAGAAAAUACAUUCCACCAUAAGUUCCUCUGCGAAUGUAUGGAAAUGAAUUCGAUACAUAUUAAGACGUUUUGAAGUUGAUUUAAAUCCAGCAAAUGUAAAACGUCUUUUGGACAGCACCGCUAAAGAUUGUUUCGAAGCGCUUUUUCUGUUCCUGUUACAUAAGCUCCUCCGUUUAUAAGCCCUCCUAAAACCUCGUACGAAGAUGUAUAGAUAUAUGGUACAGAAUAUUGAGAAUACUCCCCAUUGCAGAGAAAUGAUAAUUGAAGCAGUCUGGCUUAAAGAUCAGAGGCCCGUUUCUCGAAAGUCCCGGUAACUUUUUGGGCCCGAAAUCAAAUGUUCAAAUCAAAAAAUAAAGAAUAAGAGGGCUGCUCCUGGCUAGCAAACUACUCCAUUUUGUUUCAUUAACUGAUAGUUUUAUCACGUUAGAUGCAAAACUAUUGAAACCUCGAUCUUUAAUGUAAACGGAGACAGCUUACCGGGCCCGUUAAUAAUCGGGACUUUCAAGAAACGGGCCCCAGGUCCCAGUUGUCCGAAAGGUGGAUAACGCUAUCCACCGCAUAAAUCAUGCACUGUCCAGUGGAUAGCUCAAUCGAUUUCCCUAAUAUCUAUCCGCUGGAUAGUGAUUUAUCCGGUGGAUAGCGCUAUCCAACGUUUGAACAACCCGGGCCAGGAGAAAAGUAACCCAAUUACUCUUUUUACGUUGCUGACGUUAAGUAAAACGAAAGCGGGUCCAAUGGCCAAACUCAGUUCGUCAGUCACUUAUUAUUGAUUUCCCCAAACUGAUAUCAAAACUGUGUGCGGCAAAUGCAAACUACAAACUUGCAGACUGGCAGGUAAACGAGGUAAAAAUUCGGCUAAAAUAAUCUUAAAGCAAUCCCUACCACUAAAAUUCAAAUCGUUUUAGUCUUCAGUAGUUUUCAGAGCAUUUCACAAUGCUGUUUACCUUGUUUAUUUGCUAGUCUAUACAACUCUUCUCAUAUCUUUUCUCAUAUCUCAACCUCCGGUUCCUUAGAUCUUCUCAAAUUGGGAGCUAACAGGCUUGAUAUUGAUCCUGGUGCUACUUGAUAUACUGGUGAUGUCACUGUGGGUUGGUGUGGACACUCCUGAGAUUGUUACAAUUAAUCUGGAGUCACAGGUUAGUAUCGCAUGCAAUCUUUCUAUAUUUUAGCCUGUUCCUACCUCAGCCCCUCGCUGUUUUUGCUGCUCGCAUCUUUGCGCCAACUUCACAAUCUGGACGUCUGGAACAGCCUAUCUGCUUUUAUUCAAUUUCGCCAAACUUGGUAUUGGCCUACAUCCCCCCCCCGCCCACCUAAAUAGCGGCAAAGUGUAUCUUAUAAUCCCCUCCUUUUUUCGUUUUAGUGAAGAUGGAUAUCACUUUUUUAGUUUGUCUUUCUGUAGGUGAGAAAAGAAGCUAAUCAAAGGAUUAUUCCACAGCAUCAGUAUUGCACGUCCAAAUAUUUAACCACGUGGUUAUACAUUCUACUUGGAUACAAAGUACUCCUAUUGCUGGUUUGCUGUUUCAUCGCGUGGGUCACACGCAGGGCCAAAGUCCACUCGCUCAAUGACUCGCGUUUGGUGUCAAUGAGCGUGUGUACCAUAGUACUCUGUGUCAUAGUCGGAAUACCGCUGUCCUUCUUGAUUAAUGAUCACGUAAACGCUCUUGUUGCUUGUAUGUCAUUCAUCCUGCUGCUUGCCUCGACAGUGACGUUGUGCCUUCUCUUUAUACCCAAGGUGAGUGCGAGCUCAGAACUUCCUCAUAAACGCUCGUCUUAAAUUUACAAUAGGCCCAUCCACCUGUAAACAAAGACCUCACGCGGUUAUAAGCCCCACUCUAGUUUGUAUUUUAAUGAACUCAAAUCAAUUUAUUAUGACAGUUGGAGGCUUAAUUAAAAUCCGCACAUGCAAAACGAAUUUUGAUCAGCCUUGCUAUAGCUUCUUUAUAUCCCCCCCCCCCCUGGAUCGGAUACAGGCCUCUACGUUUAUAAGCCCACCUUCAACCCCUUACGAAGUGAGCAUAGAUCUUUGGCAUUUACAGCUGUGUUUUAGAAAUGCAGGCGAAUUCUCUCUCGCCCUUUAUAGUGGAGGGGGUUAGAAUCCUCUGCAAAGACGGGGAACCUCUCUAUUUCAAGAGGAUUCGGAAGGAGGUCUGAGUGUGUUUGGCGGAAGGAUCGAGGAGCCCCUAUGUAGUUCUCAAUAUCUUACUCAUUUUCCCGCAAAUCCCACUCACAUUGGCAGGAGCGCAUGACAGCGGCAGACGAGUGUAAUAAGAACCCAGUCCCAGUUUAUCAAAUCCCAUUUUUCGGGUGAAAAAAUAAUCAAUUACCAUUUUUUCUCCCUUAGGACCCUUAGAAAGGUUGAAGAUGGAUAUUUCACAGAAAUGUGCACUUUGACUUGAUUAUUCGACCCUUCUAGACUUCGGAGAAUCCAGUAUGAUAGCUAUGACCUCAGCCUCCGGUACAGGAACUGGCAACGUAAUUCCCAUGUAACAACUGACGUUUUUGCUUUGUAUCACAGAUAAUCAAGCUCAAAAAGAACGUUGAAGAGGAUUUACAUCGCCUGCAGUCCCUGUCUUCCACUGGGAGCACCCCAUCCAAGACUAGGGGUACAAGUAGCAGCUCUUCUGGAUCCCAGCUCGCAGAAGACCCAAAUGUGGUCAUGAGACUUCAAGAAGAAAUAACGACGCUUAAGCAAGAAAUACGAACGAUAAAAGACAAAUAUAAAGAAAAACAGACUUCGAAACUGUCAGUUAAGGUCGCUAAUCCGAUUGAAAAUGGCAGAGCAGGGAGAACAAUUUCGCCUUCCCCACGACCAUCUCCGAGACCGCAACUUGGAAAGCGUUCUGUCACCUGCAACACUGCAAAAGAAUUGGGUGUAAAAAUACGACGGAGGAAAAGGUCAAGUUCUUUCUCUGGGCCAUACUGGCAUGGACAAUCGCUGGACCUUGGUUCCUUGUAUUCAGAUCUCGCAGAUCCUGUUUUAGUCUUGAAAGCGGAAAAUAAGGAACUCCACAGAAAACUACAGGAAGCUAGGAUUUUCGAGAGUGGCAAACUGGCCAAAGUGUUGUACGAGAACGCGCAACUAAAUAGGCAAAUUGUUGAGCUGAAUAUUAAGAACGCCCCAAGCGAUGAGGCUGAGAAAGUGUCUCGGCUGGUUAAGGAGAACGCGGAGUUGAAAAAACAGCUGGGGGAAGUGAGCAUUUUGAAUUCGGUUUGGUGCGAUACAACACCUUCCUUAAAAAGGAAGGAACGAGAAGACAGAAAGAUUUCCAGAGAACUUAGAGAGGUAGGGGUCAGAGAAAGUUUUAAUUUUAUUCCUUUUCAGUUAUCCUGUGCGCCAACUCCUUUCCUUUCCCUAUUACUUUACGGCGCAAAGAGUUUAAGGGAGAGGCGCUGCGAAAAGGCUACACACUUUUUAGCCUUGAUCACCUUUCAAGAUUUUUUGUCCGUGAUAAUGCUCCUGUCAUGAUUUCUUUCAUUCGCAGCCCAUCCAUCUUGGUUCGGAUCGCCAAAGAUUGUUGUGAUUGAACCCUUCUUUCCGUCACUAGCCUGCGAGCAAGCUUUGUGAAAAAUCUCUAAGGGCGACUCAGAGGACAAACGAACGGAAAAGAAAGGGAGUUUGCUAGCAGGCUAUCCGCGGUAAUCCGCUCCCUUGGGGACGGGAUUGGCCAAGGAGAAUGAAUAAGCUCUUUAAAUAUUGCCCAACCGUUUAUAAACCCUUUCCGCCAAACUUAUUCCCCAGGGAGUGUAUAAGCGAUUUAAUUAUUGAAAUUGAAUUUUUUCCAUAUACAUCUGCAUUAUUCUCCUCCUACAGCUCCAGCAUUUGCUGAGUGUUGACCUCGGUGGGCGCAGGCCUGGUUCCCUCAAACAGUCGCCUCUCUGUCGCCCUCCUCCCAUUGGCCGAUCACAAUCUUCUACUGACUUAAAGUGUUAUCGGAACAGCUGGAGUUCACUUGACAAGAAAGCAACCAUUAGCCCACUAGCAAAGGACGACACGAAGAGAUUCAGUUUUGAGGAUGCUGGCAGGAAACAGAAGUUAUGUUCUAAAGACUCAAAAACUGAUAUUCAGGUAACUGUUACUGACACUGAGAAGAGUGCAAAGCAGUCACAGACAGCACAUGCGCAGUCCAAGGUGAGACAGGAAUUAGACGGCGCAAGCCCAAACACAAUUCGUAGAGAUAACAUCGAUGGCUGCGAGUCGGAAAAGGAAAAUUUCGAUAUCAAAGGAACUACUAACGUGGGGUUUAGCGAGGAAGAGGACCGUGUUCCAGAUUCUGUGGUUGAUGUUAAAGACUUUCACUUAUCGUGCAAAGGCGUUCCAAAUGAAUGUAGUGGGGAGGAUUCUAAAAAAAGAAUUCCAGUGCACUUAAUUGAGAAGCCAGUUAAGGGCUAUUUGGAUCACGGGGUGGUUGAAGGGUGUAAUUACUGGACCUCAGUCAGCGUUGAUGAGCUUUUAAAGGAAACGAGCAUCUCCAAGGAACCGAAGAACAGUACCAAAAAUCAGGAUACCUCGGAGGAGUUGGGUGGCAGCCUCAGUCAUCGCAUGAUGGCCCCAUCAGGAACUAAACACGAUGCCACAUCAGGGCUCCAGAGGGGGCCGUUAUUUCCUUCAAACCCGGACGAAACCGUUUCACCUCCAGAUUCAGAUUUUGGUCUUCUCGAAAACGAACACAUUCCAAGUUCGCUUGUGCUUGCUAAUUUAGAUGCUGCAAUUGAUAAAAACGGCGAUCUUAAAAAUAGUGGCCAGGGCAAGGACGUUUUUGGGAACAUUAAUAAACCAGUACCCAUUUCAAGUAAAGAAGGAGGGAAGGACAAGUCAAUGGAAAGGACACUUUAUUCAAGCGGACAUGACGCAGAUGAUAGUGAAAAAGAACGUUCGCUUUCCGGCGCAAGUCCUAAGGAUGUCCCCGCUUAUAAGAGGAAGCAAAUCAGAAGAACAAAAGAGAAAUCAAAACCUGGCAAAAUAGAAAAGACAUACUUCGUUUAA